AUGGCAUCCAUCAUCGGCUUCGCAGCUCGGAUCUGGAACCUCAACUAUCCUCCUCAGCCUGCAAAGAAGGAUGGGGCCGUACGGAUAGGCCUCCUGGGCGCGUCGGGUAUUGCACCAGUGGCCGUCAUCCAGCCCGCGAAAUCACACGCUGAAGUGAUUGUUACUGCAGUCGCUGCGCGCGAUGUAAAGAAGGCAGAGGCAUAUGCAAAGAAACACAGCAUCCCCAUUGUUCACAAAUCUUAUCAAGAUGUCAUUGACGAUCCUGCAAUCGACGCGAUAUACAUUGGCCUACCUAACGGUCUACACUACGAAUGGGCGUUGAAGUCGUUAAAAGCUGGCAAGCAUGUCCUACUUGAGAAACCGUCGACGUCAAAUGCUGCCGAAGCUGCUUCCCUCUUCCACCAUGAACUCCUCAAACAACCCAAUGCCCCUGUCCUCCUCGAAGCAUUUCACCCAUUAUUCACCCCAGCAUGGCAGUUAUAUCUGUCUCUCCUCGAUCCACCAAAUCUUGCCUCAGCACAUGCAACAUUGCUAGUCCCAAGCAUCCUCUUUGGCAACGACGAUAUAAGAUACGUCUAUGAUCUAGCUGGUGGAGCAUUGAUGGACUGUGGGACAUACUGUUGUUUAUUCCUACGGCAGAUGUUUGGGUCAGAGCCUGUGGAGUGUAUAGAAGCCACGCCGACAUUUCUACCAGAGCCCUGGGACCAGAAAUGCGAUCAAGUUAUGGAGGCUAAGUGGCGGUUCCCUAAUGGUGGCAUUGGGUCUAUUGAUGCGAACCUGUCGAACCCUGUGCUCAAGUCAAAGCUUCCGUGGUGUCAGGCUAUUCAUAAGGAGAAAGUGGUUCAGGAUGAGGAGCUAAGUGAGGAGAAGGAACAUGUGGUGGUCAAGAGGGUUGUGGGGACCCUGCUGAUGCAGCCAGUAGUGUGGCACCGUAUCUCAAUCACCGAGCAACACACCAUACGCAAUAUCGCCGAUAAGAAAGCUCUGAAGUCGUGGACAACGACCGAGUACAUGAAAGCAUACAAGUGGGAGGAAUUCAACGGGAAGAAGAAGGGCGAGGACUGGUGGAAUACCUACAGGUGGAUGCUGGAGGAAUUCGUGAACAAGAUCAAAGGAAGAGAAGGGAGUGGAGUCUGGAUGUCCCACCAGAAUUCGAUCCACCAGAUGGAGAUGAUUGAUAGCGGAUAUGCCAAAGCUGGCAUGGCGAUCAGACCCUCCUCGCAUGUUCUCCAAUAA